CGCGACGCGUCGCCACGCAAGGCAAAUCGGGAAGAGGGAUGAGCUGCGCAGGCCUGCGUCUGAGAGCGAAGGCUCGUUCUCUUUCGGGUGGUGGGCGAUGGGCGUCGGGCGAGGAGGCCGGCGUUAGCGGAGCGCGGGCGCUGCGAGAAAAAUGGUUUGGUGACUAAGAAUGUGGUAGUACUAACACAGAAUUGAAAGGGAUAAAUCUAAAGAAUUAGUGUGUAAUACAGGAAUGACUAGAGCCAAAGGAAACUGGAGUGCUUUUGGAGUUUCAUGGAAGAACUACUUUGAUGAACUACACCAUCCCAUGUUGAAGUAGAAAAGCAAGCAUCAUUCAUCAUGCCUGCUGUAGCUUCAGUUCCUAAAGAACUCUACCUCAGUUCUUCACUAAAAGACCUCAAUAAGAAGACAGAAGUUAAACCUGAGAAAACCAGCACCAAGAAUUAUGUACACAGUGCUCAGAAGAUCUUCAAGGCAGCAGAAGAAUGCAGACUAGAUCGUGAUGAGGAAAGGGCCUAUGUGCUUUAUAUGAAAUAUGUGGCAGUUUAUAACCUUAUCAAAAAAAGACCUGAUUUCAAGCAACAGCAGGAUUAUUAUCAUUCAAUACUCGGACCUGCAAACAUCAAAAAAGCUGUUGAAGAAGCUGAAAGACUGUCCGAGAGCCUUAAACUGAGAUAUGAAGAGGCUGAAGUUCGGAAAAAGCUUGAAGAAAAGGACAGACGGGAGGAAGAGCAGCUACAGCAGCAAAAAAGGCAGGAGGCAGGAAGAGAGGACAGCGGUGCUGUGGCCAAACGCUCUUUGGAGAAUGUAUCGGAUUCCAAAAACAAAACCCAAAGGAUCAAUGGUGAGAAGAGUGAAAAAGGAGGAACUGCAGAGAAAGGAGCAAUCACAGCAAAGGAACUAUAUACAAUGAUGAUGGAUAAAAACAUCAGUUUGAUUAUAAUGGAUGCUCGAAAAGCACAGGAUUAUCAGCAUUCCUGUAUCUCAGAUUCUCUCAGUGUUCCUGAAGAAGCUAUCAGUCCAGGAGUCACUGCUAAUUGGAUUGAAGCAAACCUCUCAGAUGAUUCCAAAGACACUUGGAAAAAGAGGGGAAGUGUGGACUAUGUGGUACUGCUCGACUGGUUUAGUUCAGCGAACGAUUUGCUGCUUGGGACCACUCUGCGGAGUCUAAAAGAUGCACUUUUCAAGUGGGAAAGUAAAACCGUCCUGCGCCAUGAGCCUUUGGUGUUGGAGGGAGGCUAUGAAAACUGGCUUCUUUGCUAUCCGCAGUAUACAACAAAUGCUAAGGUCACUCCACCCCCUCGAAGCAAAACUGAAGAGGUGUCUGUCUCAUUGGAUUUUACGUAUCCUUCACUGGAAGAACCAGCUCCUCCCAAACUUCCUGCCCAGAUGCCUCUUCCACCUAUAGAAGUAGAUGAAAAUGCAGAAUUGGUAACUGGCCGAGAUGAAAAACCAAGACCACUGAACCAUUCAGCUCUAGCUGGACCAAGUGCCCCUCCCACAGCUGAAGCUUCACCCAUAAUUCAGCCAAUGCCUGCUACAAAGACUGUUCCACAGGUUGACCGUACAAAAAAACCAACAGUGAGGUUGCCUGAAGAUCAUAGAAUAAAAUCUGAAAAUACAGAUCAGAGUGGAAGAGUUCUUCCUGAUCGUUCCACCAAGCCAGUAUUUCCCCCUCCAACUGCCAUGUUAACAGAUGAAGAAAAGGCCCGUAUUCAUGAAGAAAUCGCACUUCGCAUGGAGAAAAACAAGCAGGAGAAGGAACUUUGGGAAAGGCAGCAGAAGGAACAGAAAGAGAAGUUGAGGAGGGAGGAACAAGAACUCAAAGCUGGAAAGACAAAGGACUCAGAAGAACAUGACAUCGGUGAGAACCAACCAAAGGACGGACUAGAGAAGAGAGACAGCAAGCAGACCAAGAUGGAAGAAAAAGAGCCCUCAGCAGACAGGGGCCAGGAAGAAGCCACAGGAACAAAAAGACCAAGUAAGAGUGAACAUGAGGCUUCUGAUGCCAAGAUGUCUGUGGAAGGUAAAAGGUGUCCCACGUCAGGAGUGCAGAAGAGGCCGGCAGAUGUGUCCCCUGUGUCUGUGUCAGGAGAGCUGAGUGCAAGCAAGGCUCAACGAGAACCUUUGACAAGAGCUCGAAGUGAAGAAAUGGGGAGAAUUGUACCAGGACUGCCUUCAGGCUGGGCCAAGUUUCUUGAUCCAAUCACUGGAACCUUUCGUUACUAUCAUUCACCUACCAACACGGUUCAUAUGUAUCCACCAGAAAUAGCUCCUUCCUCUGCACCUCCUUCCACCCCUCCUACUCACAAAGUCAAGCCUCAAAUCCCUGCCGAACGGGACAGGGAGCCAUCCAAACUGAAGCGCUCCUACUCAUCCCCAGACAUCACUCAGGCCCUGCAGGAAGAGGAGAGGAGGAGGCCAGCAGUGACCCCGACAGUCAACCGGGAAAACAAGCCCAAAGCUGAGAUCUCGAGACUUUCUGCUUCUCAGAUUCGGAACCUCAAUCCUGUUUUUGGAGGAUCUGGACCAGCUCUUACUGGACUUCGUAAUUUGGGGAAUACCUGUUACAUGAACUCAAUAUUGCAGUGCCUGUGUAAUGCUCCACAUUUGGCUGACUAUUUCAACCGGAACUGCUACCAGGAUGACAUCAACAGAUCAAAUUUGUUGGGGCAUAAGGGUGAAGUGGCAGAAGAAUUUGGUAUAAUCAUGAAAGCGCUGUGGACAGGACAGUAUAGAUACAUCAGUCCAAAAGACUUUAAAGUCACCAUUGGGAAGAUUAAUGACCAGUUUGCAGGAUCCAGCCAGCAAGAUUCACAGGAACUGCUUCUGUUUCUCAUGGAUGGCCUCCAUGAGGAUCUAAAUAAGGCUGACAAUCGGAAGAGGCAUAAGGAAGAGAACAACGAUCACCUCGAUGACUUUAAAGCGGCAGAACAUGCUUGGCAGAAGCACAAGCAGCUCAAUGAAUCCAUCAUUGUCGCACUUUUUCAGGGUCAGUUCAAAUCCACAGUGCAGUGCCUCACCUGUCACAAAAAGUCUCGGACAUUUGAGGCUUUCAUGUAUUUAUCAUUGCCGCUAGCAUCCACAAGUAAAUGCACAUUACAGGACUGCCUUAGAUUAUUUUCCAAAGAAGAAAAGCUCACAGAUAACAACAGAUUUUACUGCAGCCAUUGCAGAGCUCGGCGGGACUCUCUAAAGAAGAUAGAGAUCUGGAAAUUGCCGCCUGUGCUGUUGGUACACCUGAAACGAUUUUCCUACGACGGCAGGUGGAAGCAGAAGCUGCAAACAUCUGUGGACUUCCCGCUAGAAAAUCUUGACUUGUCACAGUAUGUUAUUGGUCCAAAGAGCAGUUUGAAGAAGUAUAACUUGUUUUCUGUUUCAAACCACUACGGCGGGCUGGAUGGAGGUCACUACACUGCCUAUUGUAAAAAUGCAGCAAGGCAGCGCUGGUUUAAGUUUGAUGAUCAUGAAGUCUCUGAUAUCUCUGUGUCUUCUGUGAAGUCAUCAGCAGCUUAUAUCCUCUUUUAUACUUCAGUGGGACCACGCAUAACUGAUGUAGCCACAUAGAGGUAUAGGUUAUGGGCAUGUUGGUGUUUCAAAUCACAGAGGUGCAUCUCCUAAUGCUUACAAAGAUAAUGGAUCGCUGCGACUGGCUGUGUAGAGGAAUUCCAGAAUACUGGGGGCUGUUAUUAGCACCAUAUAAUCAGGUCAAUGCUGUUUAUCAAAAACAAAAAAGGAAAAAAAAAAAAAAAAAAAAAAAAAAAAAAAAAAAAAAAAAAAA